GGAGAGCGCAGCGCGGUGCACCACGGGCGCACCGCACGGCAGGGCAUGGAGGAGAGCGGUGAGUCCCAGCCGACCGCGGGCUGCAGCGAUGUGCGCCCGAGCGGCGAUCGCGGCGGCGGCGCCCCCUCAUGGGCCCCCGAGGACGCCUGGAUGGGCACGCACCCUAAGUAUUUAGAAAUGAUGGAAUUAGAUAUAGGAGAUGCCACCCAAGUUUAUAUAGCAUUCUUGGUUUACCUGGACCUCAUGGAGAGUAAAAGUUGGCAUGAAGUAAACUGUGUGGGAUUACCAGAUCUCCAGCUCAUCUGCCUUCUUGGUACUGAGAUAGAAGGAGAAGGGUUACAGACUGUGGUACCUACACCCGUCAGUGCUUCCCUCAGCCAUAACAGGAUAAGGGAGAUCUUGAAGGCAUCUCGAAAAUUGCAAGGUGAUCCAGAUUUGCCGAUGUCUUUUACUUUGGCCAUAGUGGAGUCUGACUCCACAAUAGUCUAUUACAAACUUACUGAUGGAUUUAUGCUGCCAGAUCCUCAGAAUAUUUCCCUUAGAAGAUGACACCUAUACUUCCCGAUGCUUGCUUUAUUCACACAAGAUUGGAUUGAGACCCAUCAGCCUGAUUCAUCUUUUAUCUCAGAGAUAGUCAGGGUUGACUUAGCUGGUCCCAUUCCAUAAGUUUUCUUUUUGAAGAAUAAAACUUUCCCAGAUAGAAGAAUUUAUUUUAUUCAAAAAUAUAGGGUAGUUGCUCUAGAACUUUCUCAUCUGGAGACAGUUUAAUUAUAGUUGUAUACAAGUUUAUGCCUAGGGUGUGUUCAGAAGGGUAGAACAUUGUUGAGACUGCCACCUCUUUCCCUUACCCAACCCUCUCAGUGCCUUUUGGUCACUACAGCUAGCCUAGAAUGGCAUUUCAGGUACACCUUGACACCUGGGGAGUUUACUUUAGUCUGCUUUUUCAUCCCCAAUAAAAAGUAUUCUUUCAA